UUUGGACGGUCCAGAUAAAAAGAAACACAGCACCUUGGACCUUCGACGUGUAAUGUAACUGUAGCUGUACCUGCACGUAACGUUCAUUCAAUUAUGAACACUUUCUUCGAAUUUGUGUAAUUAAGCAGAUCGAAAUCGAAAUGGGUUUCGUUGUCACCUCGCUAAUCUUCCUACUCAUCGGAAUCAUCGCAUGCCUAUCUACAAGAAUUUGCUUCAACAAAGGACCUUCUGCUAAUCUAUUUCACCUUACUUUGGUCCUUACAUCAACAAUAUGCUGCUGGAUGAUGUGGGCGAUUGUAUAUCUGGCACAGAUGAACCCGCUCAUAGUUCCCAUCUUGAGUGAUGGCGAAUAAAGUUCUGUGUAGACAAAUGAAAUUCAGUACGAGUACAAAUCGCCGAUUGUCUGCUUGAGAGAAUAUGACUUGGCUCUCCUGAAUACGGUUUUUUCUAUGGAUGGAUGUAUUUAUAGUUGGAUAGUGGUGUUUCGGUUGAAUUUUCCUACAUUAUUCAUGUUAUAAUUGAUGUAUUUAAGCUCCAUUCAUUUCAGAAGUUGGUAAAUAGUGGGAGUAUGUAUUUAAGGGAAAUAAAUUUAUGAAAGGGGGUUAUUUGGUUUUUGUAUUAUAUAUGAAGAAAAUAAGUGAUGAGAAGGAGAAUUCAUUCAUGCCAAUCCUGUUCUUAUUUGUAUGAUUCUACAAAAUGAUUGAGCUAAGCUCUUCUCAUUAUUAGUAUCACAUGGAA